AUGGCGCCUGUGGCAGCGAGAAGCGCCGGCGCUGUUGGUGCCGGAACCGCCAUCUUACUCUCUCUCGCUGUCGCGUAUUUCUUCUGCGAUCGUCGCUGCAAUUCAUCGAAAAACAACAAGAAGAAGAACAAAUCAAAGAAUGGAAUCCUUGCUGCCAUUGGUAACACUCCUUUGAUUCGAAUCAAUAGUCUCUCCGAUGCCACUGGUUGCGAAAUUCUUGGCAAAUGUGAGUUUUUGAACCCUGGAGGGAGUGUCAAAGAUCGUGUUGCAGUUCAAAUUAUUGAAGAGGCUUUAGAAUCUGGGCAGCUACGUAAAGGUGGUAUAGUUACUGAAGGGAGUGUCGGAAGCACGGCCAUUAGCUUUGCUACGGUUGCUCCUGCAUAUGGAUGCAAAUGCCAUGUGGUUAUUCCAGAUGAUGCUGCCAUUGAGAAGUCUCAAAUAAUUGAAGCUCUUGGGGCAAAUGUUGAAAGAGUACGGCCAGUGUCAAUCACUCACAAAGACCAUUUUGUCAAUAUUGCAAGAAGACGGGCAUCUGAAGCAAAUGAGUUUGCAUUUAAGCAUAGGAAAUCACAACCCAAUGGCACGGACUCGCAGCAAAUAAAUGGUUAUGAAUCUGACGGACACGGCCAUAACUCACUCUUUCCUAAUGAUUGUCAAGGCGGCUACUUUGCUGAUCAGUUUGAGAACCUUGCAAACUUCAGGGCCCAUUACCAAGGUACAGGACCUGAGAUUUGGGAACAGACAAAUGGAAAACUAGAUGCAUUCGUUGCAGGAGCAGGCACUGGUGGUACUGUGGCCGGUGUUUCCAAGUUUCUUCAGGAAAAGAAUCCAAACAUCAAGUGUUACCUCAUAGACCCCCCUGGUUCUGGCUUGUUUAAUAAGGUAACGAGGGGGGUAAUGUACACCAAAGAAGAGGCAGAAGGACGGAGACGUAAGAAUCCGUUUGACACUAUAACAGAAGGAAUUGGAAUUAACAGGCUAACAAGAAACUUUGCAGAGGCAAAACUUGAUGGGGCCUUUAGAGCUACAGAUAUGGAAGCUGUUGAAAUGGCCAGGUUUCUUGUGAAGAAUGAUGGACUUUUCCUUGGGAGUUCUUCUGCAUUGAACUGUAUUGGAGCGGUUAGAGCAGCACAAUCUUUAGGCCCUGGUCACACAAUUGUAACCAUUCUGUGUGACAGUGGAAUGAGACAUUUGAGCAAGUUUUGUAAUGAUGAAUACUUGUCUCAACUUGGUUUGACACCUAAAGCAACUGGAUUAGAGUUCUUGGGUAUCAAAUGA